AUGGUUUUAAGUUUUAAUUUUAUCACUCAGAAUAAAUUUUGGUUUUUUAUUUAUUUUAUUUUUUAUAUUAACGGAAUACAUUACUAUCAAUCAGUUUAUAAAUAUAAGGAACAUGUUAAGAACAUACCAGUUGUUGCCUUUAAUCCUAAAAGUGUAUUUUUAAAUAAUAAAGUUAAUGAAAGAAAAAAAAAUUUAUAUAUAUAUAAUAUAAAAUAUAACAAUUGUUGUUAUUUUACUAUAACUGGUGUAAUAAAUGGUUUUCCCAAAAGAAUUUCCAAGAAUUAUUUAAUUUCUAAAAAAAGGGAAAAAGAAAUUAUCCUUAAUAAUUUUGGAUAUAAAAAAAACUUUUUUUUUCUUCCUUUAUUAAAAAUAAAUGAUAAGUGUGACAAAAAUGAUGGUCAUAGGGAUGAAUAUUUUUGUCCUUUAUCCAAAAUAAGGAAUGUAUAUAAAUUUAGAAAAUGUCGUAUUAAUUUCCUUGAAAAUAAUAAUGAUAAACAAAAUAUAGAAGAAGAAAAAAAAAAAAAAAAGUUGAUAGAAAAGAAAAAAGAAUUAUUUUUGAAUGAUAAUAUUGAAAAGAAAUAUUUAUCAAUUGAUUAUAUUGAUGAAAAAAAUGAAACUAGUGACAUUUUAUUAAAAAUACAUAUAAAAAGUAAAUUGAGAGAAUAUUAUUAUGAUUUAUGUGUAAAGGAAUAUAAAGAAAAGAAACUUUUGGAAAAUAAAUAUGAAUAUUCCUAUUUAAAUGAUGUACCGAUUAAUAAUUUAAUAAAUUAUAUAGAUAAAAAUGAAUAUAUGAAAAUUUUCUUAAAAUAUGUUAAUGAUGAUAUUAUCAAAGUUUAUAAAAGUAUAAAAGGUUUACAUUUAAUAGGAUCUCCUAGAUUAUUAAAUAAUGUUGAUCAUUUGUGUAUAACUAAAUUUGAUGAUAUUCUUUUAAAAUUUUCUAUUGAUAAAUAUCCAACCAUUAUAUUUCAAAAACCUUACAUUAAUUUAGAUAUAGAAGUAAAAAUUCCACCAUAUGAAAAAGGUACAGCUUUUAAAGAAUUCUUAAAAACUCUUGAAAACAAAAAUGAUGUUAUAGAAGAAACGGAUGAAAACCACAAGGUUGAGUGGAAUAAUGAUGUUCAAGUAAAUGUGUCAAGAGGAUGGGUAUAUAAUUUUAGUAAUGUAUAUUAUGAUGAAUAUUGUAAAAUGGAUCAUACACAAAAUGGGGAUACACCUUCUGAUGGAAUGGAAAAUAACGAAAAAGUAGAAAAAAAAGAGAACAAACAAGAAAGCUCACAAAAAUUAAGCAAAUUAGAAAAAGAAAGGAAACAAACACAACAUUUAAAUGAAGAAGAUAAAAAAGAAACACAAAGUUUAAAUGAACAAGAUAAAAAAGAAACACAAAGUUUAAAUGAAGAAGAUAAAAAAGAAACACAAAGUUUAAAUGAAGAAGAUAAAAAAGAAACACAAAGUUUAAAUACAAAUGAAGAACAAAUUAUUAUUAGUAAUUAUGAAAAGAAUUUUUCUCAAAAUAAUAAAAUUAACAACAUGAUCGAUAUAGAUAAAGAUGAAGAAAACUUUAUCAAUAAUUCAGAUAAUUAUAUAGAACAGAAUUCAACAAAUGAUGAUAAUGAUGAAAAGUUAUUUAAUGAUUCUUAUGAAAAUAAAAGUUAUUAUGAAUUUUUGAGAAAUGCAGAUUUUACAAAUUAUUUUAGACAAGGAUAUCAAUUACCUAAUGAUAUUAUUUCAAUGAAUAAUGAAACUAUAUCAGUAAAAGAAAAUUUCAAUCCUUUAGGAUUUAAUGAAUCUUUAUUAGGUAUGGGUAAAAAUGAACAAAAAAAUAUUACUGUAUAUAUACCUGUUAAUUUAUUUAAAGAGUACUUUCAAAAAGAACAAGAGGGAUUUGAAAAAAGGAAAAAGAAAAAAGAAGAAGAUUUUGAUGAAAAAAUUAUUAAUCUAAAAGAAAUAGAUAAGGAUAGUAUCACGAAAUUUAGAGAAAUUAUAUAUACGGAAAUUAAAAAAUUGAAAAAUAAUCGAUUUUUACAAAAAAUUGAAAAUAUCCUAAAAGGUAAUGAAAAUAAAUUUGUUGAUAGAGAUACGCUAGAAAAGUCUUUGAAAAAGAACGAAAACGAGAAAGAUGAGAUUAAUGAUGAUAAUAAAGAUGGACGGUUAGAUGGACAGUUAGAUGGACAGUUAGAUGGACAGUUAGAUGGACAAUUAGAUGGACAAACAAAAAGUGACAUUAAUAGUAAUGAUUAUUUUUACUUUAAAAAUAAUGAACAAAGCAUCGAUUCAAUUUUAAGUGAUAAUAAUAUUACUUAUGAUCAAGAAGAAGAUGAUAUAAAGGAAGUUGAAGAAAGAGAUGUAAAAGAAAAUGCAAAAGAUGAGUUAAAUAAAAUAGAUGAAGAAACUAAAGAAGAUGAUGUAGAGGGCCAAAGUGAAGAAAUUCAUUUUAAUAAAAACUUUGAUAAAUAUUUAAAAGAAUUAUUAAAAGAUGAUAUAAAUUCACUGGAUGAAAAACUAUACAAUAAAAAAGAGGAUAAAACAAAAGAACUUUUUCAAAAUUUAUAUGAUUUUAAUGAAGAAUAUAGCAAAGAUGAAGAUAUAAAUAUAAAUGAAAAUAAAGAUUCUAAUUUGGAUGAAAAUUUACAUGAUUAUAUACUAGGAGAAAGUGAUUUAAUAAAAUGUGUUUUAGAAAUACAAGUAUUAGAUAUAAAAAUAAGGAAAAAAGGAAAGGAAGAUGUAACAGAUUAUGUUUUGAAAAAAUAUAAUAAAACAAUGGAUGAAUUAUAUGAAGAUAUUGAAAGUAGAGCUAUGAAAGAUAUUCAGAGUAAAUGUGUUCAAGAAAGAAGAAUGGAAGCUUAUAAAAAGUUAAUGGAAAUAACAUCUUUAAAUAUACCUAUGACCUUAUUUCAUGCACAAGGAAAACGUUUAUAUAAUAGUUAUUUGAAUAAAAUGAAAAUGAAGAACGAUGAAAAUAAAGAAAAUAAAAUUUUAUGUUAUGAAGAAUAUAUAAAAAGAUCAGAAAAAGAAAUAUAUGAUCAAAUAAAAUUUUCUUUUAUAGUAAAAUCUAUAUUUCAAAAUUCUAAGUUACAAUUAAAUUAUGAAGAAAUUAUAAAAGAUGUUAUAAAAACAUUAAUUAAAACACCAACAAAUAAUAUAAAAUCUUUAAUAAAAAGAAUUUAUACUAUACAUCAAGCACAAUAUGUAUUAGAUUUUGUCUCUUUAAAUUCAAAUAUUUCUUUUCAUACAGAUGAUAAAUCAACUGUGAAUUUUUCAGUCAGUUUUAAAAAAGGAUCAGAAUAUUCAAAAGAUGAUUUUGUAAAUCAAGAUGAACAAUUAACUUAUAAUACUAAUAACCAUAUUACAAAUGAUAAUAAGAAAAUGGAUCAUAAUAAUAAACUUACAAGUAAUAUUAAUUCAUUAGAAGAAAACGAUGUAAAAAUAAACCAAGAUAAAAAUAUUCAUAUUUUAAAUAAUAACGAAAACACAAAAGAAGAAAAUAAAAUUUUUCAUUUCAAAGAUGAAUCAAAUUUUGUAGUUGAAAAGAAAAAGGAAAAUAAUGAAAAUAUUCAAUACGAAUAUUUUACUUUUAAAAAAGGUGCCAAUUAUACAAAAUAUUUUCAAGAUAAUAAUGUACAUAACAAUCAUAAAAAAUAA